CGUUUCUCAUCGCCAAGCUCACCAGCGCCGGGGAGCUCGAGCGAGCCGAGAUUCUUUUCAAGGACCUCGACAAAGGUUUAGGGUUCUUAAGAUGAUUUCUCGGAGAGGAUGUGGGUCGCUCGCCCGGAGAGCUCUCGAAGCACAGCUCCAAAAGAUACGUCUUUUCCACCGAGCAGCUCCUCUUCUAGGAUCGAGGGAGAAGAACGUUGGAUUCUUUUGGGCCGACACUCCAGAUCCAAGGCCUUCCAAGUCGAAGGUGUUUCGACCCGAGAAGAUCCCCAAGGAGUUCCUGCGUCUCCGGGAGUUCACCCAAGAAGCAAUGCAGACCGUGACGGCUCUCAGGCAUCGCAAGAACGAUCCAGACAAGGUGGACUCGUAUCUAGAAACAAACGCGCCGAGGAUGCUCAAGAAAGACAUGCUGUGCGUCCUCACCAUCCUUCGCAAGCACCGAGAAGAAGAAAUAGCUUUGAAGGUCUUCCGGAUCAUCGAGAAGGAGUCGUGGUACGAGCCAAACAGCUACCUCUACCGCGAACUCAUCCUCAUCCUCACCAAUCUACGAAGAUUUGACGAGCUGUGGACGACCAUGGACGAAAUGGACGCCAACGAGAUGCAUCCCAACCGGCAUAUGUUCGUCCCGGUGAUGAGCGCGUGCUUCGAUCUCUUCGACUUCCAAAACCUGGAGAGGUUCUACAGCCGGAUGCUCAAAACUCCAGGCUUGCACCUCCAUCACCUCGUCUACCGGGGCCUCAUCAAGAAGCUCCAGGCCGCCGAGCAGGAGGAGUUCGCGCAGCGCGUGUCAAACGAUCUCGCGGACUACAUCAAGCUCCAGAAGAAAAGAGGCGUGCCACUGAUCGAGCACUACGAUGAUUUCUGGCGAGACAACUAGUUUCUACAAAGAAGUUCUACGAGG